AGCGAAACGACGGGUAUAGCCGCCGCCUCCUCGGCACUAAACUCCAUCACGGAUGAGCAGCUUCUGAACAUCAUCCUACCAUUAUUACAGUCCAGGCGGGACUACGAGACGUGGUCAUAUCAGAGCUCGGGGUGAAGGACGAGCCGAGUAUUCCAUGGGUUGGUGUAGAGACCAUCGGGAGUGUCUCUGAGGUCGACAUGCGGUCUUUGCUACCGCCCUCGCCACCCAAGCCUCCUGUAAGGAAGCGGCCACCACCACCACCGUCGACUAGUCGGUCGGCGAGGGCAGCUAGGAAGGCCCAAAGGCGAGAGGGCUCCAACGAUACAUUAUUGAGGCUUAUGAGGGGCGAGGAGGUCCUGGACUCGACCUAUGCUACUGUUUUUGAUGAUGGGAGACUAGGAGAGCUCGGAUCGACAGUCCAGCACGCAUCGGAGGCAUCUUCUACUGGGCCGGAGUCUACUCAUUCUGCGCCUUUCAAUGUGCAGGGGCUCAAAUUCUCCGAUNNNNUGUGACGACGACGACGACGACGAUCGGCGGCGCACAUCCCUCGACACGUAAUAUGAUAACGACGAUGAUGGAAGCUGUAUGUGCAUGAUUAGUAGAGGCUGGGCGCUGCCACUGUGUCUUGACACCAUGUUAGAUGAUGAUGCUGCUGCACGUUGGUGAAGUUUCCAUCGACACAUUUGUGA